AUGUUUUCAGUUCCGAGAUUGGACGUAGAAAAUUUAGAAAGCGGAUACCACGGUCUAGUAAAAGAAAAUGAAACCAUCGUCGAGGUGACGCCAAAAAUACGAGGAAUCGGAGCUGAAAUUUGCGGUUUUCGAAUCGUCAACAAGCAUCAUGGCGAUGCUCCUUUUGAGUUGGCGUCCGAAGGUCUCACCUCGUUUAAACGUGAUUGA